AUUCAGACAAUGGGGUCAAACCAACGACACCACAGCUAGCUAACUACUCCACAACACACCUACCACAGGUAACUUACUCCCUGUACGUGAAAGUUCUUGAUGUUUCACAGUAAAAAGAAGCGUUUUAACCGUGGACUGAGCUGACAUACAUUAACGGUUUCUCUUUCACUCAGACCAGCCGCCCGUAGCCAUGUUUUAGCCGGCUAAGUUAGUUAGCUAGCUAGCAUUACCGUUGCUAACAGCUGUCAUGUUCAACGUCAGCACAGAGAGGAAGAACCGCUGAGGACAAACUGAACAUUACUCAUCUCUCAGCGGUGGUCCCAUUAAACAAGUGAAGGUAACCAGCUCCUGGGAAACAUCCACUUUAUGAGGGAGUCACCUGAAGCUACAGCCCCGCUGCUCCCAAGAUGAGGAGGCUGACCAGGAAGAAGGCUCUGGGUCUGGUGAAGGAGUUGGACGCUUUCCCCAAAGUUCCCGAGAGCUAUGUGGAGUCCUCAGCCAGCGGAGGGACAGUGUCUCUGAUAGCCUUCACUCUCAUGGCCGCCCUCGCCUUCCUGGAGUUCUUCGUUUACAGAGACACCUGGAUGAAGUAUGAGUAUGAGGUGGACAAAGACUUCAGCAGUAAACUGAGGAUAAAUGUAGACAUCACAGUGGCCAUGAGAUGCCAAUAUAUAGGUGCAGAUGUCCUGGAUCUAGCAGAGAACAUGGUUGCUUCUGAUGGCUUAAAGUAUGAACCAGUCAACUUUGAACUCUCUCCAGAGCAAAGACUAUGGCAAAUGACACUUCAGCACAUCCAGGAGCGUCUGAGAGUGGAGCACGCUCUACAGGAUGUAAUCUUCAAGGCUGCAAUAAAAGAAGCUCCUCCUGUUAUGUCUCAAAGUGAGAACAAUCCCAGCACCCUUACCGCCUGCAGGAUACAUGGACACCUGUACGUCAACAAGGUAGCAGGAAACUUCCACGUCACUGUUGGCAAGUCCAUCCCACAUCCCAGAGGCCACGCCCAUCUGGCUGCCCUCGUCAGUCAUGACAGUUAUAAUUUCUCUCACCGGAUCGACCACCUGUCCUUUGGAGAGGUGGUUCCUGGGAUCAUCAGCCCUCUGGACGGCACGGAGAAAAUCUCUCCUGAAUCUAACCACAUGUUCCAGUACUUCAUCACUAUCGUGCCCACCAAACUGAACACGUACAAGGUGUCUGCGGAAACACAUCAGUACUCAGUCACUGAGCGGGAACGAGUGAUUAACCAUGCUGCAGGCAGCCACGGAGUCUCAGGGAUCUUUAUGAAAUACGAUAUCAGCUCUCUGAUGGUCAAAGUCACCGAGCAGCACAUGCCUCUCUGGCAGUUUCUUGUCAGACUGUGUGGCAUCAUCGGAGGCAUCUUCUCUACAACAGGAAUGCUCCACGGUGCAGUAGGAUUCUUAGUUGAUGUUAUUUGCUGCCGUUUCCAGAUGGGAGUCUACAGACAUCUGAAGGAGCAGCCCAACAGUGAAACCUCGAUUCCCACAGUGGAUGACGUCCAACAAUGAGAGUCCCUGCAACUCAGCUGCAGCCGCCUGUCAACUCACCAUCUCUGCCUAUCACAUGAGACAGCCACCAGACGCUGUAAACAUGUUUACAAGUCGUUUUGUUACAGAGUACAUCCCCACUUUGUUCAAGAAUGUGUAAAUAUUUGUAUCAUUUUUAAAGUUUUUAUUGGGUGGGUGUAAGAUUCAUAUAUGACCAUUAAUCCGUCUGUGAAGGAUCAUAAUCAAUACCUCCACUAAUCAUCUGUCACUUUCACUGGAAAGCUGCACCAGGAGGACUGAGCAGCAGUCUGAGCACUAAUUAUUCACAUCGUAAGCAUGGAUCUGACUUCAUUAAAAAGACGGUACCUGGUGUUACAGAUCCCACGCUACACCCACACAGGUGUUUUCACUUAGUUUGGCUAAUUAGACCUGUGCUCGUGGCUAUGUGUGACUGACAGUUACAAGAUGUUUUAACAUAUUUAACGUGUGAUUCGGAGUCUUUCAUGUUGUUCGGUGACCUCAGGAAACUCCAGUAUUGCUCAAAUCAACCUGUAGCUGAGAAGAGGCCUCAUCAGCCACAGUAAGAGACAGACCUGUGUAGGUGUGCGGGUCGGCUGAUGAAGACUGUGUGAAAAGACGAGAAGGGUUUUAAAUUGUUCCACAAGUGUGCCUGUGUGUAAUUGAUUGUUUAAAAUAUGAAGCUGAUUUGUAAAAUAAAAUCCACUUUCAACUUGA